CUUCCUUAUAUGCGACACUUGUUUCACACGUUUUUCAUAUUCAUUCGACAACUUGCAUACAUAAAAACCUGAAACCUGUAAAGGAAAAGGGAAUAUUUUGUGCUCUGUUAGAAUUUAAAAAAAUUACUAUUAUGGAGACAAAAGGGUACGAGGAUGUUACGAUGAUGGAAAUAGAAGAAGGAUGUUCGACGCCGAAGCGAGACGAGUGUCAAAUUCCGGUGAGGAUGGUGCCACCGCCGCCGCCGAGGAAGAAGCGGAGCUGCGGUGUAGAUAAAAGGAAGCCACCGGAGAAUGGGUAUUUUCAAGGUCCAGAGGUUGAACUUUUCUUCGCCAUGCAGCCUAAAUGUCAAGGGACUUUUGCUUAGUUGACUAAAAAAUUGAUUAUUAGUGCUAGCUAGUAUAUAUUGUGUAUUAAUAUGUAGUCCCCUAAUCCGGUGUUGGAACUACAAUGCACCAACUAAUUGGCUGGUUUCAUUUUUGUUUAGACAAUUAAUAUUUUGUCAUUUUGGGUAUUUUUGUGUUUUGGGUGUAUUAUGAACUACUCUAGUUAGUACUAAGCUAGAGUAUAUAUAGUAACUAGACGAUGUCUAUGUACAUAAGUUUUGGUGAUCAUACAUUCCGUAGUUGAGAUUGCUCAUAA